UAAUGUAGGCUAGCCUACUGGCUUGACUGAGGUAGGUCUAGAAGGAAGCCCUUGUAACACAUAUUGAGAAUUUCAUUUCAUUAAAGAAAGCCAAGGUAGGCUAUAUAAUCCAUUGAACUGAUUCAGAGUGUGUAUCCUAAUUCGAAUUUGACUGUAUUUUUUCCACGAGGUAAAGCUUGUGAAACAACCCUGUGUUUGAUUACAAUAAUCUGUAAAAGUUACAAUGUGUCUCAGGUUUGUCAAUUUUCUGUCUCUUUUGAAACAACCGCUAGUAGCGAUUUCCUGCAAUUCACAUGCGCGUCUGAUGUUGCGCAGCCUAUUUCCAACCCCCACUGUAGCGCCAAUAACUUUUGUCUUCGCAGUCUAUAGAACUAGCCUACGUUAGAUAUACAGCCCAUCAAUAAUUAUGUAGAGUCGACUUGCACUUGCAGCUGACUUUCACGAAGGGCACAUCGAUCCAUGUAUGCAAUCGUUUAAAUAGCUUACAUUGAUUAAAACUCAGCGUCUGCAAUCCGAAAACUCCAAACAUUGUCAACAAAUUAUGGUUGCUCUCAGCGUCUGGCCAAUCGGAUGCUGCCUGCCCGUUUCCACCGCGCACGUGAUCUUUGCUGAGUGAGAGUGGCAGACAGAGGGAAAAAGUAAACACACAUGUUUUCCUUCUCAGAGGGAACAUGUGAAACCCUGAUCACAGUGUGACGAAAUGUUGCUUAAGUGGAACAAGCACAUAGACACAAUAUUUGUCUUUACUUUUCAGGAAGAGCCUUGUCUUUGGAUAUGACGAAAUGGUGGUCCUGCACCAAGAGGUGCCUAGGACCCAAUGUUUACACUGAUGUUCCAGAUGGUGGCUGGGGCUGGGUGGUGGCAGUGGCCUUUUUUGUGGUCGAGGCGUUCACCUAUGGCAUCAUAAAGACCUUCGGGAUCUUCUUGAAUGAUCUUAUGGUUGAAUUUGAAGAGAGCAACAGCCGAAUAUCAUGGAUUCUCUCCAUCUGUGUGUUUGUCAUGACAUUCACAGCCCCACUGUCAUCUUUGCUGAGCAACCGUUUUGGCUUCCAGCCUGUUGUGAUGGUCGGAGGCUUCCUCAUCUCUUUAGGAAUGAUCACAACAGCUUUUACCACUUCUGUAAAUCAGAUGUACAUCACUACUGGGAUUAUAGCAGGACUGGGCUACUGCCUCACCUUCCUCCCCACCGUCACCAUCCUCUCCCAGUACUUCUGUAAGCGCCGCUCCAUUGUGACCUCGAUGGCUUCCACUGGGGAGUCAAUUGCCAUAUUUGCUUUUGCUCCAGCAUUUACAGCACUCAAAGCCAAAAUUGGUUGGAGGUACACAAUGGUAGUGAUUGGACUUCUUCAAGGUUCAAUCGUCAUAUGUGGGACCCUUCUCCGGCCCAUAGUGAUCAAGCCCUCACCUUCAGAUGAAAGCAGUAAGGAAAAGUUGUCCACACAGCAAGAGGCCAAACAGCCUAUAAACGGAGAACAACUCCAUGGGUCUGCUGGCUCAGGGGAUUCUGGUGUUCAGUCACUAGAAGACACUGAGGUGGGAGUCCAGGUCACAGAGAAGGAAGAGCAAAAGGCCCUUUCCCCGAAACCCAACGAGAAGCCAGCGAGACACAAGCUCCUGGAUCUUUCUGUACUGAAGGACGGAAGCUUCCUGUGCUACUCCGCGUUUGGCCUCUUCGCCACGCUCGGCUUCUUCGCGCCGCAGCUCUACGUGGUGGAGCUGAGCGCUAGCCGGGGCGUGGACCGGGACAAGGCGGCGUACUCGCUCUCCGUCAUGGCCGUGGCCGAGAUCUUCGGGCGCCUCUCCAUCGGCUGGAUCAUGAGCUGGCGGCGCCUGCGGAAGAUCUACGUGCUGCUGGUGUGCGUGCUGCUCCUGUGCCUCGUGCUGGUGAUCUUCACGCUGGUGGGCGGCUUCUGGGGCGUGGCCGUGUGCUGCGUGUUCUACGGCUUUCUGCUGGGCAACGUGGCCUCCACCCACAUCCCCAUGCUCGCCGAAGAUGACGUGGUGGGCAUCCAGAGGAUGGCAUCGGCCGCCGGCGUCUACGUCUGCAUUCAGAGUUUUGCAGGCCUCGCCGGGCCACCUUUGGGAGGUGUUUUGGUGGACAUUACGGACAAUUAUGGCGCUGCGUUUUACUCCUGUGCUGGGGGUAUGGCACUAGGAGCCAUAUUUCUGGGAAUGGUACGACCAGCUAAGACGGGCAAGCUCUGCUGGAAGAAAACCACUCAAGAGUCACAGAAGAGUCCAGCGGAGAGAGGUACCUCAGUAAAAAACAGCUCACCAGAAGACUUUGUUGAAGAGGACAUUUGCCCGGACACCAAUCCAAAUGACCACUGAUCAGACAGUGCUUUGGACAUCAUCAGGUGAAAACACCUUUUUGGUAUACACAGACUGCCUGCUGCCUUUUCAUACUUAUCAUAGGGGGAGGUUAUAGAACAUAAUCACUUGAUUGUGAAAACUCAAUAGAAGAGUACAAUGAUGCAAUGACAGAUCACACCAGACUCCAAACCAGACCAAUAAUGAUGCUUGAUCAAAUAGCGCACUUUAGGGCACUGCAUUUGUUGGGGGUUUUAUAAUGUAUUUUUUUACAUGUUAUAUUUUUUAAAGAGGUCAAAUAUCAAAAAUAAUUUACAUGU